AUGGCUCCAGCAAUUCGUUCUGCCAAUCCUGGCAACGGUUAUCCAAGCGCCCCUUCGUGUCUUUGUUCCAUACCACAGCGUGACAUCUCCUUCGGAGGAUGGUGGGGCCACACCCUCUUCCGACCCCUUUAUCAACAAGGGCCUGAACGUGAUGCGGUCCAUGUCGUGUUCACAGCCUACUCAACUGCGCACUACGUGCCGACCUUUGCGGAUGCAGCCGGUUUGGUGCGACAAGUGGGCAUGGGAGGGUUGCCACGCCUCAACCACUUCGUGGCGAUGUCCCCUGACAGGGCCGCAGAAGCGAAUGCCCUCGCCGUGCAGAGGUUCGAGGAUAGGCUACGGAGCGCGACGGACACCUACCGGGAAGCUGUUGCCGCCCUCAACGUAGCAAAGCAGAACCCAGACCAAGAGAAAGCGGUCCUCCGUGGCAUGAUGGCCCAGGUGGAGACGGUGCCCCUAGCAUCAUCGAAGGCGGCAGCUAAGGCGGAAGAGGAAGCCCACGACAAAUGCAGGGAGGAAGAGGCUGCCGAAAGAAAACGGAAGGAAGAGGUUGCUCAGGCCGAGGCGCGGGCUCGAUCACGGCAACGACAGGAGGGUUCGGGCGAUGGGGAUAAGGAUGGAGAGGCGGGGGUGUCUGGAGACAGAGGGGGCAGCGGGGGCAAGCCAUCCCGCAGCGGGCUCGACGAGAAGGAGCCUGGUGGAGGGGGCGGGAGCGAGAGAAGUGCCGCGCGGCAGGAGGGCAGUGAAGAUGGACCGGACAAAAGGGAGGGUAAGGAGGGCAUCAAACGUGGCAAAGGUGGUACACGGGGAUCGGAGGAGGGCGCCUGGAGGAAGCGACGGUAA